AUGUUUGGAUCAGUAUACCCAGCUUUAGAAGAGUUGAAACAGCCACUUUCGGAAGAACAGUUAAAUGUGCUUCGCAACCAGCUCAAAGCAGAGGAACCCAAACCAUCACCACAAACACGUUUCAACUAUGCAUGGGGAUUGAUUAAAUCAUCAUCGCGAAAACACCAACAAGAAGCAGUAGUGAUACUCACUUCUUUGUAUAAAAAUGAACCAUCAAUGAGAAGAGAGGUGUUGUAUUACUUGAGCUUGGGGUCGUUCAAAUUGGGUGAUUAUACCAAUGCCAAACGUUAUGUGGAAACUUUGUUAAAGUCCGAGCCAGAAAACCAACAAGCGUUAACCUUGUUGGAGAAUAUACAAGAUAAGGUGGCACAAGAGGGCUUGAUAGGUAUUGGUGUUGCUGGUGGUGUGUUGGCAGUGGGUAUUGGGAUCAUUGGUGCAUUAGUCAGAAGAAAUAGAAAAUAG